AUAUCUGUAUGUAUGUUAAGAUUUAGUUUUUAACAUUAAAAUUACUAUUUAACCCCAACGCUUUAAAAUAAAGUGAAAUAGUUCAAAUCCCCCGCCUGUUCUGCAGAGAUGGUACGUUCCAUUGAUGGCUCAUCGUCAUAUGAUCGAGUCAACAUAAAUACUGUAGUAGCACUGUCAGGUCUGUGAAUUACAGCAUCUAAGAAGAGCAGACUUCAUUCAAUCUCUCCACUGAAUAACUAAAAAUCGCUGCAAUGGCAACUAAAAAAGUUGGAGGUCAAUCGGAGGAAAAACAGGCCACUCCUGAGGUGCAGAAGAUCUGCGAUGAGGUCAAGCAUCAAGCAGAAGAAAAGGCUGGAAAGAAGUUCACUGCUUUCACUGCCAUUCUGUUCACCACACAGGUCGUGGCCGGGACCAACUAUUUCAUCAAGGUCAAUGUGGGAGGAGAUCAGUUUAUUCAUCUGAGAGUUCACAAACCGCUUCCUCACGCUGGAGAUAAAGUACAGCUGCAAGGCAUUCAGGUGUCGAAAAGUUGUCAAGACCCCAUCCAUUACUUCUAAACAAACCCUCAUUGGUGGAUCUUAAAGCGACAGUGCACCCAAAAUAUGAAUCCCUCUAUUUAUACACUAUUUACAGUAUUACUAUUUACUCUAUUAGUACACUUUUUACAGUAUUUACUAUGUACACUCAAGUGUCUCCAAACCUUUAUAAGUUUAUUUCUUCUGUUGUAUGCUAAAGAAGGUAGUUUGAAGAAUGCUUAAAACCUGUAACCAUCGACUUCCAUAGUAGGCAAAAUAAAUACUAUGAGUUUCUUUCACCUGUUAAAUGCUAAAGAAGGUCAUUUAAAGAAUGCUUAAAACCUGUAACCUUAAUGCUUAAAAGAAUGCUUAAAACCUGCAACCAUUAACUUUCAUUGCUGGAAAAAUAAAUAAUAUGAGUUUCUUUCAUCUGUUAAACUCUAAACAAGAUAGUUUGAAGAAUGCUGUAAACCUGUAACCAUUGACUGCCUUAGUAGAAAAAAAAUAAUACUAUGAGUUUCUUUCAUCUGUUAACGCAAAAGAAGAUAGCUUGAAGACUGCUGAAAACCUGUAACCAUUGACUUCCAUAGUAGAAAAAUAAAUACUAUGAGUUUCCUUCAUUUGUUAGCGCAAAAAAAGAUAGCUUGAAGAAUGCUGAAAACCUGUAACCAUUGACUUCCAUUGUGGGAAAACAAAUACUAUGAGUUACUUUCAUCUGUUAAACUCUAAACAAGAUAGUUUGAAGAAUGCUGAAAACCUGUAACCAUUGACUUCCAUUGUGGGAAUACAAAUACUGUGGGCUUCUUUCAUCUGUUAAACGCAAAAGAUGGUUUGAAGAAUGCUUAAAAGCUGUAACCAUUGACUUUCUAUAUAGGACAAACAAAUACUGUAACCAUCAACUUCCAUAGUUGGAAAAACAAAUACUAUGAUAGUCAAUGGUUACCGGUUUCCAAUAUUCUUCUGUAAAUCCUUCUUUGAUGAGUAAAUAAUGACAGAAUUUUUGGGUGAACUGUCUCUUUAAAUGUUUCUCAUUCAUGCACACCAACAUGCCAUACAGUAUGAGGAGUUUGUUUAUAUGUGUGAUAUACUCUUAACUAAUGCUGUUACAAAACCUUUAUUAAAUUCUGCAAUGUUAAAAUGAAGCAAUUCAUUUGAGUUUUCCAGUGCCUGUACUGUACAGUCGAUGAGUUUUCUAAAACCAGCACGUCACAUGCUCAGAUGCUGCACUGUGGUGAAACAAUUGCACACGAAUAUGACUCAUCAUUCCAAAAUCUGUUUUAUAAAUGCCUCUUCUAAAAUAAAGGGAAAUGGAUUUGACAAUC